ACGACGUCUGUCCAGUGUCGAUAAAAGAUUGACACGCUUGAAGUCUUUAUAUUAGGGACAUUAUUUACGAAAAUUAACACAUAAGUUAAUAUAUUUAUUUUUGAUUAUAAGAAAGAGAAUUUGAAUAUUCGAAGACUUCCAAAAUGAGUACUAUAUUAGAAAAGAUUGCAGCCAUUGAGUCCGAGAUGGCCCGGACUCAAAAAAAUAAGGCAACUGCUCUUCAUUUGGGUAUUUUAAAAGCAAGAUUGGCUAAGUUGAGGAGAGAACUAAUCACUCCAAAAGGUGGCGGCGGAGCUACUGGAGAAGGUUUCGAUGUCGCUAAAACUGGUGAUGCCCGAAUUGGAUUUGUAGGUUUUCCAUCUGUAGGAAAAUCUACAUUGCUCUCCAAUUUGGCAGGAGUGUACUCUGAGGUUGCAGCCUAUGAGUUCACAACGCUAACAACUGUUCCUGGUUGUAUUAAAUAUAAGGGUGCUAAGAUUCAGUUACUUGACUUGCCUGGUAUUAUUGAAGGUGCUAAAGAUGGCAAAGGUCGUGGUCGCCAAGUGAUCGCUGUUGCUCGGACAUGCAGUCUCAUAUUCAUAGUGCUCGAUGUUUUGAAACCCCUGCAGCACAAGAAGUUGCUGGAGCAUGAAUUGGAAGGUUUCGGUCUGAGGUUAAACAAACAACCUCCAAAUAUAUACUUUAGGAAGAAAGACAAAGGUGGAAUUAAUUUGAACACAACUUGUCCGCAAUCUGAACUUGAUGUGGAGGCUGUUAAAACAAUACUCUCAGAAUAUAAGAUACAUAAUGCUGAUAUUACACUAAGGUAUGAUGCUACAAGUGACGAUCUUAUUGAUGUUAUUGAAGGAAAUAGAAUCUAUGUACCAUGUAUCUACUUGUUGAAUAAAAUUGAUCAGAUUAGCAUAGAAGAAUUGGAUGUUAUUUACAAAAUUCCGCAUUGUGUGCCCAUCUCCGCUCACCACAGGUGGAAUUUUGAUGAUUUAUUGGAGAAAAUGUGGGAAUAUCUCAAACUUAUUAGAAUAUACACUAAACCAAAAGGCCAACUGCCAGAUUACAAUGCUCCAGUUGUUUUGCAUGCCGAUAGAACAAGCGUAGAAGAUUUUUGUAACAAACUUCAUAGAUCUAUUGUGAAGGAGUUUAAAUAUGCCCUUGUAUGGGGAUCAUCUGUCAAGCAUCAGCCCCAGAAAGUUGGUAUUGAUCAUGUGCUAGCAGAUGAAGAUGUUGUCCAGAUUGUGAAGAAAGUUUAGCGUGACCGACAUAUUGUAUCAAUUAUACAAAAAUAUUUUAUUCACCAUCAAGUUAAACUUGUUGCGAUAUCCUUUAUCCACAGGGAUGUAAACCAGCGGAACUAUGACUAUAAAUACAUUCAAAUAAGUACCGAAAUGCAAUUUUUUUUUUUAGUAUUUCAUUUUAACUACAUGAUAAGAAUAUAAUAUAACUUAUAAGAUUCGAAACUCAAGUGUUUAAAAUGUAUUCAAACUCAUAAUUCCACUAUUACAUUCUUGUGCAAGUAUCAUGUUUGAUUUGUCGUACAAACGCAUAUUGUGUUGUAUUUAUUAAGUAACUAUAUUUUUAUCUUUUUUAUAUAUGGUUUAUACAUGAAAUAUUUGAGAAAGAGACUUGUCGAGCUGUCAAUACGCUUUUCGGUUUAUCAACGAAAAAAAUGUGUAAAAAUAUUAAGCAUUACUCAUAAAAUUUAAACUGAUUAGCCAAGACAUAGAAAGGUUAAUAAUAUAUGUUCAAUAUAUUAUAAGACGACAUAUCUCUUCUCUAUAAAACUGUCUUGUAUAUAAUCCAAAUCUAAAACGUCUAUAUUAUUAUUAAGUGCUUAACCCUUUCUGCGUGAUACAGCUGGUAUUUUUAUCCCUGAAUGUUUACAUAAUGAAAUCUAAAAAGUAUUUCGUACUGAUUUCUAUUGGUUUAUGAUGUUCAAAUUCAACAUUCUAUCGCGUGUUUUUUGUGUUUAAAACUUUGAAGUUUAACAUUGUGUGUAACUCAGGUUGUUUAUUUCUAUAAGCAUUUAAUUAAGACUUACAGUUAUUUUACAUUGUAUAUCAAAAGAUGA